CUCCCUUCAACCCCCACCCCCGGAAGGCCCCGGCCGGCCCAGGAAGCCUCGGUGGGCGAGCCGGAGGGGAGAACCUGUCGCCCGUCCAGAAGGACUCGAGGCGGCUUGCAUGAUUAAAAGGACAAUAUUUGGACGCUGAAAACAAAUCUUAUCCACCAUGUCUGGUGCCAAUCCUUCUGGUCAUGCCUGGAGCCGGAAACCGAAAGCAAAGGAGGAAGAAGAGGAGGACCCCUUUGACCAAAUGAUCGCCCGGACAGGGUGCGCCUCUUUUCAUUAUGCUGUGCAGGAGUGCAUGGCUGAACAUCAGGACUGGCGGCGGUGCCAGAAAGAGGUGCUGAGUUUUAAGGACUGCAUGAGCGAAUAUCAGAAGCAGCGAAUGGAGGAGUACCAAAGGAGGCAGAAAACGUACCAGGCCACCAGUUGAUGGAAAGCAAACUGGGAAGGGAGGGCCAUUCCGUUGCUGGGUAAGAUCCUGAAGGCAGCCAGGCUUCUGAGCGCAGUUAAUUUUUUUCAGAAGGCCACAGUGGCAGCCCGUCCUUUUGGAGAGACACAUGCACUGGGGAAGAUCUAUUACUGUCAUCCUGAAGUGUG